ACAGACUGUUGUCAAUGACUUCUGUCGUUGUUGCGGUAAAUACUUGAGGAUAAAUGGUAUUAUUGGCGGCUCCGUGUUGAUAUUCGAACAGGCUUAUACCUCACGGAGCUCACGUAUUGUGAAACGGCUUGAGGGUUUGGGUCUCGCGUUGACACCAGACGUAAAUAGAUCGAUAAGAAUGUGCAGGCCGUGUCUAAAUCUUAUAGGACGCUUGGAACGGGACUUACCAAUUUUUCGCAAAUGGCAACAAAAAGAGGACGCUCGGACAACGGAAGCACCGCUGACUGAAGGCUCAUCUCUUGAUGACGUCACAGAAGAUCUUCACCCUGAAAUGCACGAUCCCACCCAUGUGAUACAGGAGAAGAACUCGGCAAUGCCGUACAUCAAACAGGAGGCGGAGCCAGAGAUCCCAUACGUGAAAGGAGAAGAAGAGGAAGAUGAAAUCACUAAGUGUCCAAUGACUGUUUGUGUGAAGAGUGAAGAAGAUGAAGGUCCAAGCAAAGAGAUCAGCGCAUCGACUCUUUCGAACGACAGCUCACAAAAAGUUGAAGAGCGAUCGCAACCGGACGGCCUCUUACCUCCACUCUCGGACGACGAUGACAUAACAUCACACUCCUCUGACAUUAAUGAGGAGGAUGUAGACUUAAGCCAAAAUGCUUCGAAAUCCUUAAACAAGUCAUCUUUGAAAAGAGUGAUCAAACAGUGUGUGGGUGGGAAACCUUUCGCCUGCUCAUUUUGUGGUAAAAGAUUUUCUCAGAAGUAUAACUUGACAAGACACACACGUACGCACACUGGAGAAAAGCCCUUUGCCUGCAAGCUUUGCGAUAAAAGAUUUUUUCAGGAGAAAACAUUGAGAAUACAUAAACGUACACACACUGCAAAAAAGCCUUUUGCCUGCACCUGUUGCAUUAAAAAAAUUUGCCGGAAACAACUGUUAACAAUACACAUGAGAACACACACUGGAGAAAAGCCAUUUGCCUGCAAACUUUGCGAUAAAAGAUUUUUUCAGGAGAAAACAUUAAGAAUACAUGAACGUACUCACACUGCAAAAAAGCCUUUUGCCUGCACCUGUUGCAGUAAAAGAUUUUGCCGGAAACAACUGUUAACAAUACACAUGAGAACACACACUGGAGAAAAGCCAUUUGCCUGCACGCUUUGCGAAAAAAGAUUUUCCCAGGAGAAUACUUUAAAAAUGCACAAGCAUACACACACUGGAGAAAAACCCUUUGCCUGCACAUUUUGCGAUAAAAGAUUUUCUUGGAAGAAUAAUGUACGAAUACAUAAGCGUACACACACUGGAGAAAAGCCUUUUCCUUGCACGCUUUGCAAACAAAGAUUUUCUUGGAAGCAUCACUUAACAAGACACUUACUUGUACACACUGGAGAGAAGCCUUUUCCCUGCACAGUUUGUGGUAAAAGAUUCGCGCGGAAGGAAUUUUUAAACAAACACACGCGAGAACACGAACUGGAAAGAAACCUUUUGCCUGUUCAUUUUGAGAGGGAAGAUUUUGUCGUAGGCAACAGUUAGCGUCACACUUGCAGACACACACUGGAGGAAAGACUUGUCUGCAAAUGUUGUGCUAAUAAAUUCACUUGCAAGGGACAUUUCGAAUUGCAAACAAGAAGCCAUACCUGGGAAACACCUUUCAAUUGCAGUGUGUGACAAAAUAUUCUGAAGUCUUCCAUGCAUUU